ACUUGCGCCGAGCUACGGGGGCCGGCUGGGGUCGGCGGCCGUGAUGUGUCUGCUGCUGGGGCCGUCGGGCGUCGGGAAGACGCUGUUGGUGAAGAGGCUGCUGAAGCUGAGCUCCGGGGAUGGGAAGGGCGAGCUGGGCGACCCGCCGCCGACGCGGCCCACGGUGGGCACCGACCUGACGGACAUCGUGGUGCCGAGGAGGGUCACCGUUCGGGAGCUGGGGGGCUGCAUGGGACCCAUCUGGCCCAGCUACUACGGAAGUUGCCGCUGUCUCCUGUUCAUGAUGGACGCCGCUAACCCCACUCAGCUGUCUGCGUCCUGCGUGCAGCUCCUGGGUCUCCUUUCUGCAGAAGAACUCGCAGGAGCGUCGGUCUUGAUACUCUUCAAUAAGAUGUACGGUGAUCUGCCCUGUUACAUGACUGUGGAGGAGAUGAAGUCCUUGAUGAGGCUCCCAGACAUCAUUGCUUCUGCCAGGCAGAACGUCAGCACGGUGGAGAUCAGCGCCCGCAGGGGCACUGGCUUGGCGGCAGUGCUGCGCUGGCUCCAGGACACCCACAGAGCCGACGGCUGACCCACUGCCAGGAGUAGCACCACUGGCCGGCCCUGGGGAGGAGGCGGAGAACAGCUCUGCUUGGUCUCCGUCAAUCUGUUCUUACAGGGGCCGGAUGGCUCCACAGAAGUCUAGGGGAUGGGCUUCUGGCCCAAGUUGCAGUGCUGUGUAAACAGGAACCCCGGUUCCAGAAACUCUAGACAGCUGGCCUCUGAAAGAGAUCGUCCCCAGGGCUGGAAGGUGGACAGGGUGUCCUAUGCCCAUGCUGGGCUGACGCUCCCGGGGUGUAUUCCCUUUCCCAGAGCUGUUUGGACUGCACAGCCCCACAGACACGGUCUCUUAAUGUGGUACAGGCUGUACCUGUUGAGUCUGUGACAGGCUGCCAACACGACCCCCGCUGUAUGAGGCUGUUGUCAGAAAGAUCUGAGCGUGCAGUCGGAACGAGAA